AAAAGGUGGGUUUUAAUCUGAUUUUGUUGUGAACUCUUGGAAACACCUUUUUGUUUGGUUUUUUUUUGUGUAUGUAUUGAUUGUCUGCACAAAACAUUAGAGAGAAGUGUUGACCUCUUUCCACAUCCAGACUUCAAUAACAGUCAAACAAAUCAUUUCUUUCUUUCAAAAAGUGUUGCUUUUGUUUGUCUAUCACUAAUACAUAAACUUUUUUUGGAGAACCAGUAAUCCACAGAUUCAAAGACUUUAUGGCAAGAAAUCAGUACAUCUUUUUAUAAAUAAAUGUUAACAUAUUUUAUCAUAUAAUUUGUUUAAUUGUAAUAAAUUGGUGUAAUAUAUUGUUUUUAUUUUUUGAAAAUUGUUUUUUUAAUAUGAAUUUUUAUUUUAUCCAAAAUUUUCACCUUAUUUUGAUAAAUAUAUUUAAAUUGUUAAUUGCAUUGAAGUCAUGCUGUGUUACUCUGGGAAUGGAUGUAUUUUAUGAAACUAAACCACUGAUAAUAGUGAAUAAACUGGAAGAUCACAACCAUCGUGACAUCGAUGAUAAUCUAUCGGUAAACAGUUAUGCUUUGGAGUCGAUGCCAAUGGACAUCAUACUGAAGAUGGAUAAGACAAUGGCAGUACUAGAGUUCGACCAUUCGAGCAAAAUGAUGGAAAAGUGCCAACUCUUUGAUCUCGAAAAAGAGGCCGAAAAGGCCGAUAUAACCGCUGCGGGUACCGGUUUGCCGGUCAUCAAAAGUGACUUCCGGACAAUGCAAGAGGCCAUCAAUAAGUGCAGAGAAUUGUCUGAAAAAGUGUCUGCAAAUCACAGUCUGGAACCAUUCACCGCAGCCAACAGUAAUAUCACCGAAAACUCAAUUUCAUUGUUUAGUCUAUGGCGGGGAUUAAUACCCGGCACUAAAUGGUGUGGUUUAGGUGAUGCCGCCAAUAAUUAUGACGAUUUGGGUACAAAACGAGACAUUGAUGUUUGCUGUAGAGCUCAUGAUCACUGUCCCAUUAGAUUAAAGGCACUACGUUAUGGUUAUGGCUUAAUAAACUUAUCUUUAUAUACAAAGUCUCACUGUGAUUGCGAUGAAGACUUUCUCAAGUGUCUCAAGAGAUCCAGUAAUUCAUACGCAACAAUGUUAGGCAACUUUUACUUCAAUGUGUUGAAAGUCCAGUGCAUUAAAGAGGAGAGGCCUGUCGUAUGCUUGGAAAUCAGAAAGUCAAUGUAUUUUUGUUUGCAUAGAAAGAACAGCAUUGGAAAGGAUGAGUGUCUCCGGUAUGAAGUGUCGACUGAAAGCCGCAUGAAGUUUGUGACACCAGAACUUCAAUACUAAAGCUUCUCCACAUUAAGUCAUAAAUAUAUAUAUAUUUUGUAUAUAGUUUUAUAUAUAA